AGACAGGUUUGUGAGAUCAUCAUUGUGUCUAUGACAUCACAGAAGCAACAGUGGAAUUAUCAUUCUAGGUUGAAAGAUGGAGAAAUGUGAAUAUGAGGCCAAACUUAUGCAGGAUGGGGUGGUGGUUGAGAAAGUUAAGGAAGAAGCAAAGGACAAAGCAGAGUCUAAUGUUUCAUGUUAUCUGCAAGGUGGAUUGGGCGUACUAGCGUGGAUAUUAAUGUUGUAUCAAGUGUUUGGGUUACCUGUGUACAAGUGUGAUAUUGGUAGAUGUUGGAUGAAUCAUUCAUGUGAGGUUAUGUUAUUUAUCAUCACAAUUGCUCAUUGUUGCGCAAUGCAGAAACAAUUAUACUGGGUGAUUGUUGAUAUACUAAGGGUUCUACAAAUAGGAUGCCUUGUUUACCUGAAGAAUGUGAUUCUAUCAAGCAAAUAUGACUACACAAAACCAAUGCCACUGUUUUUCAGCUUUGCUAUCACAACGGGUAUAAUAUUUGGCGCAUGUUCAGCAUCUAGACCAGGACCAAACAAGAGAGUCAACAUCAUAUCUGGGUUGUUUCUAUCAUCUAUGAUCAUUACUUGCAUGGCAGUAGACUUAUGUUUGAUGACGGAAAGUAAAUGGAAAAGUUCAGACUACGCCGCGUUGCUUAUUCUGCCAACGUUUGUCUUUAUAUUGGACUUGGUGAUACUAACUUACUGGAAAAAGCUGACAUUCUCGGGCCCACUUAUCAUCACAUUUGGGAGCAUUCCAAUUUUCUACCUAACCCUACCGUUCAUCCAUACAAACAUUGCAUUACAAGUGUCUAUAGUUGGCUGUGCAGCUCUUAGUUAUCUUGUAGUGUGUUUGACCAUGAAACCAAACAGCGCGAACACAAAACCAAAAAUUGUUUCAGUGUAAUGCAAUUAACUAUUUUUCAAGAACUAACUAAAAUAAGAAGAGCGCUGGAAGCUCUUCCAAACACAACCUAUUAUACAUACACUGUCACACUUAUGUAAAUAUGAGUAUUAUAAACUGUAGGAACUUGUGUUUACUUUUUAUGCUGGAAGCUUCCCAGUGAAUAAAUUAACUAAAACUACCAACACAGUAAAAAUACAUAAUUUCUUAUACUAUAAAAAAACUGUCCAACACUAACAUGCUAAAUGUAGAUAUUAUAAACUGUUUUAUGUUUGUUACCCUAUUACUUCCUUUGUAAAGAAAAUAAUAAAUAAAUGUUAAAAGUAAAACUUAUUUAUCCUCAUGUGCUAACUGCCAAAACAACUUUAGAAGUUGAAAAGAUAGGUGUUAUAUAAAUUAUGUGUGUUUUGUAGAUAUUGGAUUUUUACCACAAUUGUUUAGUGACCAGUGGGUCUGGAAGUUUGGUUUAGCAGCGAGGCUUUUAUUCUGCACUUUUACCCUUGUCGUUUUUACCCUUGGCGUGUUUUGUAACGACUGUUGUUUUACCGCUAAUUUUCUUCUCUUAGUUGUUUUAAUUAAUUUUAUCUUUGCUACUGUUUUCAAAAUAAUAAGAUAUUUAUGUUAUGUAAAGUUGGUUUAGAAUAACGAGUUGCCAGGCAACAACAGCUUGCCUUAUAUAUAACAUUAUCAUUGCCCACAUGGUAUAAUAGAUAAUGUAUAAGUUUUGUUUCUAUGUUAAUAAAUAACAAUUCACUUA